AUGAAGCAUUCAUUUUUUGUCGUCAGCUGCUUGACAGCUCUAGCAAGCAUACCAACUUCAGCACUACGUAUAGCGAGCUCGCUACAAUGGAUCGAGCACACCCCUCAGCCAUACGCCAUCAAGAACUUCUACAAGGGCUCGAGCACGGCGACCCUCGUCAGUGGCGGUGUCGCCAACCUUGGCACCGAUCGCAGCAUUGACCUCGCUGCCAACGCCGAAACGCAAGGACUGAAGCAGUACGCGUCUCGCAAGAACAUCCGCCUGAUAUACAUCAUUUGCGAGGCCAGCUACCGUCUCGUGGCCAACAAGGCGGCCGGCAUCUCGACCCUGGCUGACCUCAAGGGCAAGCGGAUUGGCACGAUGCAGGGUACUUCGGCUGGGUACUUUAUCAACAAGCUUCUGGGCACUGCCGGCCUGCAAAGCUCUGACUACAGGACUGUGUCAGGGAACGUCUGUAUGAAGACUCCCUGCGGAGCAGGGACUUUUCCCCAAAUGCUCGCCAACAAACAGAUUGAUGGUUUCGGCAUCUGGGAGCCAGCGCCGGAGCUUGGCGCCCGUGCGAUCGGCGACAAUGCCAUAUUCUUCCAAAACUACACCAUCUACAGAGAGGUCUACAGCCUGUACACGACUCAGGAGAAGCUGUCGGAUCCGGCUAUGCGCAAGGACAUUCUUGCUUUCGUGAAAGCGUUGAAUCAGACGCUUGAGGUCUUCACCAAGGCCGACGAUUCGGUGUACCAAUUCGUUGCGUCGAAGGUGGGGAUGGAUCCGGAGAUCGUCAAGGCCGUUUGGCCGGAGCACAAGUGGAGUGGGCGCUGGGGACCGGACCUGCUGCCGUUCAUCACGGAAGAGGAUCAAUACCUCGCAAAGACUGAUAGGAGGCAAACGAUGUCGAGUGCGGACUUGGAAAGGUUCUUAGAUACGGAAAUCAUAGACGAGCUUUAG